AACAAGAAAUAUUUCAAACGAGGCGACCUUGCUGCAAAACAGGCGGAGAAUUACAAAAAGAAACAACAGCUAAAGGAAAAAGAAAAAGAGCAGAAAUAUGGUUCUCCAUCUGGAUCAGAGGAAUUCUCAGCUCAUCCAAACAAAAAACGUAAAGGAAAUGAUGGUGAAUCUAAGCCAGUCAUGAUUCCAAGAGAGGAGGUGAUCAGAAGACUUAGAGAGCGAGGAGAACCAAUCAGGCUGUUUGGAGAAACAGAUGAAGAGGCAUAUCAAAGACAAAGGCGUAUUGAAAUGAUGGCUCCAGAAAUCAAUAGGGGAUUCAGGAAUGAUUUUAAAGCGGCUAUGGAAAGAAUUGAUCAAGAGUAUUUAGCUGAGCUUACCAAACAGGGAGAUACUGAAGCAAUGGUGAAGGCUGGCAGCUCUGGGGUCCAGUCCUCUGUUCCAACAGUAACACUAGAUGAUAUACAGGAACUGGCAAAAGGAAUGGGAAAAGGAGAUGACAAACUGGACCAAGAGGUGACACUCAAGUUUGUUGAGUUUUUGCUUCAUUUGUGGGAACAAGAUCUAAACACUAAACCAGAUGAAACCAAAAGGACAUUAGAGGCCAAGAUUGCCAGUGCCACACAUAGACAGACACAAGCCUACCUUAACCCACUCAUAAGAAAACUAAGAACCAAGAACACCCCUGUAGAUAUAAAAGAAGCACUAACAAACAUUACAAGGAAUCUUAUUGACAAAGAAUAUGUAAAGGCAAAUGAUGCUUAUCUACAGAUGGCUAUUGGCAAUGCUCCAUGGCCAAUCGGUGUCACCAUGGUUGGUAUUCAUGCACGUACAGGAAGAGAAAAAAUCUUUGCCCAAAAUGUAGCACAUGUACUCAAUGAUGAAACACAGAGGAAAUACAUCCAAGGCUUGAAGCGACUUAUGACAUUUUGUCAGAAGAAAUUUCCAGCAGAUCCUUCAAAAUCUGUUGAGUAUCAUGGGGUUGUCUGACGUAUAGCUGCUUUUACACAAACUGUGUUGUACRUGACAAUAGAUCUACUUUAUUGUGGCAAAAUGUUUUAAAUUAACAAGAGCAUCCAAUACAUUCAAAACAACUAUAUUAAUUAUAAAAUGAAAGGUAUAAUUAUAUUGGUCAAAAAACAACUGGAGUGCAGAGAUCCGGAGACUACUUUAAAAUAGUACCCCCACCACACACCAUUUUUAUUAAAAUGUAAUUACAUUGCUUAAAUAUAUUUUUACAACCAUCAAAGGUACUGAAUUUAAUUCAAGUUUCAGAAAUUGCUCUCAUUUUUGCAUUUAUCUAUAGACUGAUUGAGGUCUUUGUAAAGAGCAAAACAAAAUAAAUAAUUUAGUASGUUUUUUAUCUAAUUGAACAUGUUCUGAAAUUAAUUUUUGACUGUGGAAGCAUCCAAAGGCAUAUAAUAUGAUUAACUCUGGUGUAUAUAUUAGCUGUAGUGUA